AUGGAAUCAUCAAGAAACAAGACAUCAGCUGUUAUGCGUCGUCUCCGUCCAUUGGCUGGAUCGUACAGAUAUUAUCCAUACACGCCGGUGAAUGUUUCUGGGAAGAAGGAGAUGAGAGAGGAGGUUGUGCGACUAGGAGUUGAGCUGUCUUUACACGUGGCUCGAUCCAUGUUCUUGCUAAGUGAUGACAUUAGUAGAAUGUUAGGGUUCUGCUAUAGGUUAUUGAGAUAUGUGACACCGUUGAGGAAUCCCGUGAUAGACAGGCUGAUUCUUGUAAUGCAUUUUGUCUACUUCAAAGACAUCAAACCGAAGAAGAAGAACAAUGGUGAGGAUGAUUGUGGAAGCUCUGAUGAUCAGGAGCGAGUUUUUGCUUUGAUCAGGGCGGCUUGGAAGGAUUUCGGUGCCGGGAUCUUAAUCUUGGGACGCCUUUGGUUGGCUCUCAUUAGAAAUCCUGACGGUUUUGAUGGUUGUCAAAUAUCUAGGGCUAUUGUGAGAUUCAAGCAAGACGUGCUGAAGAGGCUAGAUGAUAAACUGGAGGAUGUGAAUGGGUUUGCGAGGGCGACGUUAGAGUCUAACAUUUCUGACUUGUGGAAGUCUCUCUUUGAUGUAGAAGAUAAGGAAGCAGCCGAAGUGGUACUGAGUAGGGCGCUUAGAGAAACGUUUACUCCUAUUUUGGGCAAAGGGAAGGAAGCUGAUAUACCGGGACUAGUGCGCAUACAUCCUCCUUACAUUCUCGGGGAGGAUUUCAAAACGGAGGAAGCGAAAGAGGAGGUUGUGAGACUAGGAGUUGAGCUCUGCCUCUACGUGGCACAAUACAUGUUCUUGCUGUGUGAUGACAUUCGUAAAAUGUUGAGGUUUUGCAAUAGGUUAUGGAGAGAUACAACAAGGACAGGCCACGUGUUGGAUAGGCUGCUUCUUGUUAUGCAUCAUGUCUACACGAGAUACAUGGAACCAACCAAGAUUGGAGUGCAUGGCAAGAAUUCUGUCCAUUGGAAAUCGGUCGUGAGGACUCGGAGGGAUUUCUCUCGUGGAUUCAUGCGUCUGAGUAGCGUGGCACUCUCUCUCAAACAAGGAAGAAAAUGUGGCCGAGAGUGUACGAGACCUGUUGAGACAACGGUGAAGGAGUUGGAGGAGAAGUUGGGGUGUGUGGAGAAGAAGGGUGUUGCUGAGGCGAAUGGUUUUGACAGGGAUGCCAUUGAGCCUGAGGUUUUGGAGAUCUGGAAGUCUCUCUUUGACGUAGAGGCCAAGGAAGCAACACCGACUCUCCAAGCCAUCAAAGAUGGAAUUCUUCGUGACUUAGCUUGUUUCAACUUGGCUUGA